AGGCUCCUAGGUGAUAUGAUUCACCCCUGGGAAACUGUAACAACAGCUGCUAUGCAGAAAUACCCAAAUCCCAUGAAUCCUAGUGUGGUUGGAGUUGAUGUACUAGACAGACAUGUAGACCCCAGUGGAAAGCUGCAUAGCCAUAGACUGCUCAGUACAGAAUGGGGGAUUCCAUCUAUCGUAAAAUCACUCAUCGGUGCUUGCAGAACAAAGACAUAUGUUCAGGAACACUCUGUAGUUGACCCUGUGAAAAAAACAAUGGAACUUAAGUCAAGUAAUAUUUCAUUUACAAAUCUGGUGUCAGUAGAUGAAAGGCUUAUUUAUAAACCACAUCCUCAAGAGCCAGAAAAAACCAUUUUGACUCAAGAAGCAAUAAUCUCUGUAAAAGGUGUCAGUGUCAGCAGUUAUCUAGAAGGAUUAAUGGAAAAUACGAUCUCUUCCAAUGCAAAUAAAGGCCGAGAAGCAUUGGAAUGGGUAAUCGGUAAAUUGAAUGCUGAAAUUGAAGAGUUCACAGCUUCAGAGAGGAAGCAUGAGGACAUCUAUGGCAGCAGCAGCAUUUGUAGAGAAAUAAUAGAAAAGCAGAGUAGCUUUGUCAUUCUAAACAACUGCAGAAGAGACACAGUGAAGGAAUACUGGAGUUAGUAGCAUGCUGGAAAUCAUCUACAUCCGCUACUCCCAGAUCUGUGCCAAGGCUGUCAGGGCAGCGUUGAAGCCACAAUACAAAGCUGAGGCAGAGAGAGUUGCUGUGCGCCGCGGGAAA